AUGACGAUCCAGGAAAGAGCGUCGCGCCUGGAUCUGCUUCAGCAGCGCUCCUUGCAGUCCGGCGGCUUCGACAGAGACCUAGACGGUCACACCUCGGACGGCUUCCGCAAGGCUGCAUGGCUCUUUUUGCUACACGCGAGCAGCGACCUUACCGUCGAGGCAACACAGCCUCGCAAUACCCUCCCAAAACGCCCCGCAAAGCCUGCCUCCUCGACGCACGGCGCCGAGAGCGACCAGGGCGACUCGCAGGCCUCCUCGUCCUCGCACACACGUAGCAACUCAAAGAGCGACAUCCUGGCCGACAGCAUACACCAGCCCGUCAGCACACCCGCCUCGAGCCCGAGGCCCGAACUCGUCCGCGACGCCGAGCGCGUCCCCGUCGACAAGGACGGAUGGCAGAUUGCCGCCCUCGACGCACUGUCCCUCGACGAGCCCCUUUCGGCUUCUGCGACAUCCCCCCAUGCCAUAACGAAGCUGUCUCAGCAACAGACCGAGGAGUGGGAGACGGUGACCAGCAAAAGGACCCGGACUUUGCAGAAGAGGAGAAAUUCGACGCGCCCCUCGCCCUCGCCCUCGCAGUUGGAGGACGAGAGCGAGGGGCAGGGGCAAGAUGGCGAUAGCCGCCCGGCGAUCCCGACGACGGAAGACAACAAGGUCUCGGCUCCACCGCCGCAGCAUGCAACGGCCACGAAAAAGAAGAAGAAGAAGAGCAAGAGGUCGGGAGCGCACAAGAGAACGUCGACGAGGGAUCGCCCGGACGACAAUGGAGAGGCUGCGGGGCCGACGCCGGCGAAUCCCGCUGCGCUUGGCGGGCUGCCCACGCACCGCGACGAGGAGCAGGUGGACAAGGACAUCCGACGAAGCUUUGUCGGCCCCGCCUUUGCCAGCCAGACGGCACACGAGAGGCAGGUCCGGCGCAAGCAGCUAGAAGAGGUCGUCGUCCUCACUCUCCGGCGCCACCCCACGCUCAACUACUUCCAGGGCUACCACGACGUCGUCAGCGUCCUCGUCCUCGCGUUGGCCAUGUCCGGCGACGACGUCAAGGAGGACGGCGAGCCGUGGCGCGACGAGGACGAGCGACAUGGCCUCUUGCUGGCCGUCGAGCGGCUGAGCCUGCACUUUGUGCGCGACAGCAUGACGCACGACCUAGACCCGAUCAUGGGCCAGCUCAAGCUAGUGCGCAACCUGGUCCGGGCCGAGGAUGCUGAGCUGGCGGGAAGGGUCGAGGCGGCGUCGGCGCUGCCCUUUUUCGCCCUGUCCUGGCUCCUCACGCUCUUUUCGCACGACCUCGAGGACCAGCGGCUGGUGCAGCGCUGCUUUGACUUUGUCCUCGCACACGGACCGCAGAGCGUCGUCUACCUCUGCGCGGCAGUUGUGCUGCUGGUCAAGAAGCGGGAGCUCGAGGGCCUGGACGGUGACGAGGUCGAGGACCAGGCCAUGCUGCACAUGGUGCUGAGCAAGCUACCGCGCUUCACGCUUGACGGCGACGGCAACGGCGACGAGGGCGACGAGCAGGGGCAGGUCGGGAAGUCGGUCGGCGAACAGCGACCCGAGGCAGCCGUCAGCGAUGCACACGGCCUCUACGCAGACCCAGAUGUCGAUCCGCCCAGCUCCCGCGGCGACCGUGCCCGGCACGAGGAUGCCACUCCGCAGCAAAAUCAGGAGGCGGUGCCGCUCUUGCACCUCCUGCGAAAGGCCAGGGAGCUGAUGGAGGCCCACCCGCUAUCGAGCGCCUCGCUGGGCGCCGACAAGGUCAUGGGACCCAAGAGCGUCAUCUUUACCUGGAGCGACCUCCAGUCCGAAUUGGGCUCGGCGGACAAGGCCGACGACACCGACGCCUGGCGAGCCCGCGACGCGCUGGCGGAGCGGAUCGUGGAGACGGUCUCGUCGAUCGUCGUCGACCCGCAGCCCUCCCCGCCCGCCUUCGACGACGGAUACGACGAGGGCGAGGGCGGAGGCAAGGAGAAGUCGACGCGGGCCAAGGAGCGCAAGCGGUACCGGCUGCUUCGCUACGACGACAAGAGGACCAAGGAGGUGGUGCUGGGCACCGUAGUGGCCGUCGUCGGCGUGGCAGGCGUCGUCGUUGCGCUCUACGUCGAGGGCAAGCAGCGGGGACAGGCGCAAGACGUCCUCGCCGUGCUGGGCGGCGUUGUGGGCUGGCUCGGGAGCAACAUGAGGGGCCCGGGCGCCUAA